GCAACAAAUUAUACGCCGUUAAGCGAACAAUUCCUACCAAAUAUCUUCCUUGAAUGGUUUGGCCAUUCGCUUAUCUGCAACAAAUAUUUUGCUUUCUUUUCUUUUUCUUUCUGCGAGUGCUUGCGGACGGGUGCUGGGAGGACUCCGAAUAACGCUUUUCUCUCUUUCUUUUUUCUUUUUAUUCAUCGCCUCCUCCUGACUUCAUAGUGCCGCCGUGUACGGAAGUUUUCAUCCGGCCGAACAAUUUUUGAAGGUAGUUUCAGGUUGGAUUCAUUUACAGUUUGACUCACGCAAGGUUCAUAAAGCAGUGACGCUCGCCCUCGUUUCUGUUGGGCUGUUUUAUAAAACGGGUGGGGUAUCAAAUCUUCUUGACCCGCCACCGAGACGUGGUCGAUUCAGAGUCUUUGAUGAGAGCGUUGGUCUCCGCGCGUCUGGCUGGCUGUUCGUCAAGAAUCACUAUAUGCGACUGCCUUCCGGGCCCCUGUCGCGAGCAUUCCAUGGAGAAGGCGCGCGACGCAUGCAGCCGGCGGUGGCCGGCCCUCGCAGCUGUACCGUCGGUGCGAGCUGGGCUGCAACAGUCCAGCCGGGCGAUGGACAGUGCCGCGCAAAUCUUUCAGGGCCGGCGCAGUACAGCCGCCUCUGGCAGAGGCCAUCCAUAAGCGUCUUCGACAAAGGAGAGGCGCGCCGGAGCGGCAGCUGCAGGGGUCGCGGCGAUCUUCCGGCGUUGAUCGCACGCUGACACUUGUGCGCACUUGCUGCCGGCCGCACAGAGACUCGGGAAGGGAGUCCGUCGUCGCUGCUACCGAGUGCGUGGGAACGCUCCCCAAGACGCCGCCAUGAAUCACAGCUGGGGUGAAGAUGGAAGGCCGUCGGAGCUCGCAGCUCUGGAAAGACGAGGGCAGUGUCCUGGAGGCCAUUGACGAAUUGAUGGCACCCAGCACUGACUUCAGCCUUUCCGACAUUCAAGACAAGCAGGAAGCUAAGUCAACCAAGGAACACCAGUAUGAUGAAGAAGACUACAAAAUGCAUAGGGGUGCCGGCUUUCCUCAUCACCAUCAACCUUUAAAGAAGCACCACUACCAUCGCCGGAGAAGCUCGGCGGCCAGCACUUCUGGCAACCAAGAUCCUGCGGAUCUUCCCGCUGUCGCCGAAGCGAAAGAGCCUAGCCAAAGCAGCAAGCAGGACUCUGAAGAGGAUGCUGAUGACACCAUUGAUGCGGAGCUGGAUGAUGACCAUGAAGAUAGCAAAGUGGCAAAGCAGCCCAAGGAUGCUGCAGAAGAUGCUGCAGGUCCAAGUGGCCUUAAACAUGGCACAUCUGCAAAAGAUAAAAAGACCAUUGGUAGCCGUGAGCCACCUCGCAUUUUUGUUUCAAGUGAUACGGAGCCAGAGGUUGAGUUCCUGCCAGGUCCGGUAAAGCCACGGCCUUCAGACGUGUCCUUGACUGACAAGCCAUUGAAGUCAUCCUUAAAAAAGUCAUCCAUUUCCCCUGAUGACCAGCCAUUAGGAAGUUAUGGCUUCUUUCCAAAUCUGGACACACGAACUGCAGAUUAUGGAAAGCAGUAUGCUGACGUCCCCUUAUCAUCAACUGUACGAGAUUCUUCUCAAGAGCAAAACGAAUCUGAAGGGGGACAGCACAAAGUUGCUUUUAUUUUGGGGUCAGACUCCACGGAAGAAGCAUCUCCACCACAGGUAUUAGUGAGUGACUUGCAGCCUCCAUCAACAUCUAAAGGACUGGAACCAUAUCGAACAAAAGAUAGGCAUCACCACCAUCAUCAUAGGCACAAGCGACGUCGGUACAUUUAUGACCCGAGCCUAAUGGUUCUUCAUGACGCUGAAGAUAAAUACAGGGUCAUCACAGAGCCUGAAGAAGCCAUGACUCUGCAAUCAGCUGAUCUCGAAGAGAUGGCGAGCCAUAGGUUUGAAGACCAGAAGGGCAUGCGUCGGCACAAAAUUCUUGCCAAAAACACUGUGCUUUCAUUCAUGCAGCCUGCGUCUGAAGAUUCUUCUGAGAAACCACCUCCUUUAGGUUCUGGAAAAAGAUACUCUGUUCCAUUCAUGAAAAAGCUUUAUGAUCGAAAGCCACAUGAGGUCUUUGUGGAGUUGGAUGAGCUGGUGCCAGAAACAUAUGAGUGGAAAGAAACGGCACGUUGGAUAAAGUAUGAGGAAAACCUAAAAGAGGAUGUGGAACGUUGGGGCAAGCCACAUUUAGCCUCAUUAUCUUUCCACUCACUACUUUGCCUGCGCAAAUGCAUUGAACAAGGCACUGUGCUGCUGGACCUUGAAGAGAAAGACCUCACAGGCAUUGCCAACAAGGUGGUUGACAACAUGGUGCUGACAGAGCAGAUAUCACCAGAAAGCCAUGGUGCUGUUUUGCGUGUGCUUCUGUUGCGUCACCGGCACGCUGCUGAGAAAGGCUUGAACACUUUUCUUCGUCGCAAUUCAUCUGGUACAUUCACAGCACUCAAGUCACUGCGGUCAGCAUCGCUUGUUAGCAACUUCACAUCUUCAUCGCAAGACCAUGUAAAUGGAAAUGCUGGAAACCGCAGCAUGCCUUUGCUUACUGCAGAUACACGCAUCUCUAUUGACAAAGGCACACGUGACGAGACUGAGCCGUUUCUUCCUGGGUGUUCCACGGAUGAUUUGCGCAAGCCUGAUGCCAAUAUCCUCCGAAGAAUACCCGAAGAUGCGGAAGCGAUCGCCGUGCUAGUGGGAGGUUUAGAUUUCUUGGAGCAGCCCACCAUUGCCUUUGUCAGACUGGCGCAGGGGCAAGUGAUGCCUAAUUUGAUGGAGGUUCCUAUCCCUGUGAGAUUCUUCUUCAUUUUGCUGGGUCCAUCAAAUACUGAUGACCUGGACUACCAUGAGGUCGGUCGUUCCAUCUCCACCCUGAUGUCAAAUACAGCCUUUCACACUGCAGCAUACAAAGCAGAAGAUCGCCGUGACCUGCUUAGAGCUAUGAACGAGUUCUUGGACGACAGUGUCGUUCUGCCACCCGGUGACUGGGACAGGAAGUCUUUGCUGCCUGUUGAUGACCUCAAGAAGAAGUACGAGGAUAUUCGCAAGCGCAAGAUGCAGGCAAAGAAGCCGGCUCCCCCUGUGGAAGACAAAGCUCCACAGUAUGAACCACUGCAGCGCAGUGGCAGAUUGUUUGGAGGCCUGUGCAGUGACAUCAAGAAUCGCUACCCUUGGUACCUCAGCGACUUCAAGGAUGCCCUUGAUGGCCAAUGCUUAGCUACGGCCAUCUUCAUUUACUUUGCUGCUCUGUCGGGAGCCGUUACUUUUGGCGGAUUGCUAGGAGACAAAACCAACAACCUCAUUGGAGUGUCUGAGACACUUGUAGCCACCUGUGCUACAGGUAUCAUAUUUGCAUUGUUUUCUGGGCAACCUUUGGUUAUAAUAGGUGUUACAGGACCGGUGCUACUGUUUGACGAGUUGUUGUAUUCGUUUUGUCAAGAGAAUGAUGUGGAGUUCCUGGCCAUUCGGGUCUGGAUAGGAAUGUGGAUAGCUAUACUGGCAACCUUGGUAGUUGCCUUUGAAGGAAGUGCACUCGUUCGGUUCUUCACAAGGUUCACGCAAGAGAUAUUUGCAUCACUCAUCUCACUUUUGUAUAUAUACGAGUCAUUUUAUAAGUUAUACUUGAUCUUUGUUACUCAUCCUUUGCUUAAAGCAAGUGACUACUGUGAUAGCUCCCCUGAGGCCUACCUUCCAAACAAUAUUUCUGCUGGAAACUGGACUGACAUAUCUUCUGCAAACUGGACUGACUUGUCUGCUGCAAACUGGACUGAUGUGUUUGCUGCUAACUGGAGUGGAAAGCUCUAUCCAGAAUUUGAAAUCAUAGAACGAACACGUCAACCGAACACUGCAUUGCUGUCAUUGAUUUUGAUGUUCUCUACGUUCUUCUUAGCAGAUUUUCUGAGGAAGUUUCGUAACAGCAGUUUCCUUGGGAGAAAUGCAAGAAGGGCUCUUGGAGACUUUGGUAUUCCUAUUGCCAUUAUUGCAAUUGUUACCUUGGACUUUUUUGUUCCAAACACGUAUUCUCAAAAGCUGAAGGUUCCCAAUGGACUCAGCACCAGCAUUGAAGGACGUGGUUGGUUUGUUUCUCCAAUCAGCUCAACACGACCAUUCAUUUGGUGGCACAUUUUUGUGGCUGCACUUGGUGCUGUGCUGGUCUUCAUACUCAUGUUCCUCGAGAUUGAAAUCUGCGAGCUGAUCCUGAGCAAGAAGGAGCGCAAGCUGCAAAAGGGCUCUGGCUUCCACCUGGACCUCCUGCUCAUCUGCUGCAUGGAGCUGGGUUGUGCCAUCAUCGGUGCUCCUUGGAUGUGUGCAGCCACAGUGCGCUCUGUGUCACACCUUGCCUCACUCACUGUCAUGAGCCGUACUCAUGCACCUGGCGAGUCGCCACACAUUAUUGGUGUCAAGGAGCAGCGUGUUACCAACUUUCUUGUGGCACUCCUUGUUGGGUUGUCAGUCUUCAUGAGCCCUUUGUUGCGAGAAGUUCCUGUUGCUGUGCUAUUUGGAGUUUUUCUCUACAUGGGGAUCACUUCUAUGAUUGGAAUACAACUAUUUGAGCGAAUUAUUCUUUUCUUCAAGCCAACAAAGCACUUCCCAGGUGUGCCUUAUGCACAAAAGGUGAAAGCUACAAAGAUGCACCUUUACACUCUUCUGCAAGUGGUCUGCCUUAUUGUACUUUGGGCAGUCAAGUCAUCUUCACUGGCCUUGGCUUUCCCUUUUGUGCUGCUGCUUAUGAUUCCAUUGCGGCUUCAGCUCAAGUACAUUUUCACUGAAAAGGAACUGCAAUGUCUGGAUGGUGAAGAUGUGAACCUCCAGUCCGAUGAGGAAGAUGAUCCAGACUUUUAUCAGCAGACAUUGCUGCCUAGUUAAUGCUGUUUUUUUUUUUUUCAGUGAAUAUUUUCA